AUGCUUCAGGAAACAAGAUCUUAACAAUUUUUAGUAGAGCAGAUCAAAAAACCACUCUAUUAUAAACUCUAAGGAUAAGUGCCAUUCAAAUGCAUUCUAAGUGCUUUUGAGGCAGCUGGAUUUGAGAGAAUCGAUGAAGAAAAUUGGUUAAUUUAUUGGGGAUUAGCAAGCAAGGAAACCUUAAAAGAAAUGAAGAAAUAUUAAAAAACUAAUCAUUUUCCUGGUUGUUGGAGUGUAGGCAGAAAGGAUAAUUUAUGGAUCCAUCUUUCUAAAGUUAAAAGAAAAUUUCCAACUGAAUACUACUUUAUUCCAAACACUUAUUUAUUGCAGCAUGAUUUUGAGAGAUUUGAAGGAGUCAGAGAGUGUGCUCCGAAAAAGACUUUAUGGAUUAAAAAACCAGUUGCUUCUGCUAGAGGAAAUGGAAUCAAAUUAAUCAAUAAGAAGACCAAAUUGACUGCAGAUAAAAGAUAUUUAGUUAUGGAUUACAUCUCCAAUCCUCAUCUAAUUAAUAAUUUUAAAUACGAUCUUAGAGUCUAUGUUUUGAUUACUUCCAUUGAUCCUUUGAGAGUUUAUAUGUAUAAAGAUGGUUUGGUCAGAUUUGCCACUUAAGAAUAUUCACUUAAAAGUUCAGAUAUUAAGAAGAGAUUCAUACAUUUAACCAAUUUUUCAGUUAAUAAGCAAUCUCCUAAUUUCAUAGCUAAUAAUUAAAAUAUAGAAUAAUAAGUAAAGGCAUCGAAGUGGUCGCAUAAGGAAUACAAGCAAUAAUUAGCCAACUAAGGCAUCAACCAUAAGAUUUUAUUUAAAUCUAUCGAGGAUGUAGUAUUGAAGACUUGCAUUGCUGCUGAACCUCUUUUACUUGAUAGAAACGGAAAAACCUCUGAGCAUAAAAAUAAUUACUUUGAAUUAUUUGGAUUCGAUAUAUUGAUAGAUGAAACAUUAAAGCCUUGGUUACUGGAAGUGAAUGUAAGUCCUUCUUUAAACUCAGCAUCAGAUUUGGAUGCUUAAAUAAAAACUAAAUUGAUAUCAGAUAUGUUGCAUUUGAUAGGAGUGGAAUAUCAUUAUAAAAAGGCUUUUAGGGUAUAGAUAAAAAAGAGACUAUAUGAAAGAAAUAUCAAUGAAAUUUAGUCAAUAAAUUCAAGAAACUUUAGAUAAAAAGUCAAUUAGGAAGAUCUAGAUGUGAUGUUACAAUCAUUAGAAGAAUAACUACGACUUGGUCAAUUCAAGUGUUUGUAUCCAAAUAAAAAAAAUAUAUCGGAAUUUGAUGACUUUUUUGAAUAUCCAAGAUUCCAUAAUAAACUAAUAUAAAAAUAUUUCGAAGAUGGAUCUAAUUGGGUCAUAUGA